AUGGCCCUCGACUUCAUCGCGCUGCUGCCGGACGAGGAGAUCCCCGAAACGCCUGCUGCCUGUGAGGCGGCGGCGUCGAGCAGCGACACCGGCGAGCAGCCCGCACCGGACGCGUGGAGCAUCACGCGUGCCCACUUUGGCGCCGACUCCCUCGAGCUGGCGCUGCACGAGGAGCUGCUCGACUUUGCCGAGGCCUUCCGCCCGACCCGCGCAGAGUCUGCAAUGCGCGAGGCCGCGGUCGAGCGCGUGGUCAGCCUUCUCGCCUCGCUGCCGUCCUUUGCGAGUGCAAGCGUGAGGCCGUUUGGGUCCUACGCCACCGGGCUCUGCCUGCCGAGCUCCGACGUGGACCUGGCCGUCUUUGGGACCGGCUUUGAGUCCAAGGUGCAGCAG